AUACAGAACAAGUUCAACUGGGUGGAGAAGUUCUAGCAGCAGUAAAAAGUGAUUGUCCUCGUACCUGCUCCUACUAUUUCGCUACUGCCGUUAUUUCAGCAGCAGCCGCAGCAACAUCUCUGUCGAAGCAAGAUCCGCGGGCAAGAGAACAG